GAUGCCCGGCUGAGCCGGCCCGGCCGGGACAGGUGCGCGCCGCGCCCCCCCCGCGCCCCGCGCCCCGCGCCCCGCGCCCUCGCGCCCUCGCGCUCCCGCCCGCGCGUCCGCGCGGCCCCGGCUCCGAGGUCUCGCCUCCGGUGCCCCCGACCUCGCCAUGCGGACCCCAAGAGCGCCCCCUCUCCGCCCGGCCCUACAGAUCCUGCUGCUACUGCUGGGGGGCGCCCACGGCCUCUUUCCCGAGGAGUCACCGCCGCUCAGCGUGGCCCCCAGGGACUACCUGAACCACUAUCCCGUGUUCGUGGGCAGCGGGCCGGGACGCCUGACCUCCGCAGAAGGCCCCGACGACCUCAACAUCCAGCGGGUGCUGCGGGUUAAUAGGACUCUGUUCAUAGGGGACAGGGACAACCUGUACCGCGUAGAGCUGGAGCCCCCCACGUCCUCGGAGCUGCGGUACCAGAGGAAGCUGACGUGGCGCUCCAAUCCCAGUGACAUCAACGUGUGUCGAAUGAAAGGCAAACAGGAGGGCGAGUGUCGCAACUUCGUCAAGGUGCUGCUUCUCCGGGACAAAUCUACGCUCUUCGUGUGCGGGUCCAAUGCCUUCAACCCCGUGUGUGCCAACUACAGCAUCGACACGCUGCAGCCCGUCGGGGACAACAUCAGCGGCAUGGCCCGCUGCCCAUACGAUCCCAAACAUGCCAACGUUGGCCUCUUCUCUGAUGGCAUGCUUUUCACGGCCACCGUGACAGACUUUUUGGCCAUUGACGCUGUCAUCUACCGCAGCCUUGGGGACCGGCCUACCCUCCGCACCGUCAAACAUGACUCCAAGUGGUUCAAAGAGCCCUACUUUGUCCACGCGGUGGAGUGGGGCAACCAUAUUUACUUCUUCUUCCGGGAGAUCGCCAUGGAGUUCAACUACCUGGAGAAGGUAGUGGUGUCCCGCGUGGCCCGGGUGUGUAAGAACGACGCGGGGGGCUCCCCCCGUGUGCUGGAGAAGCAGUGGACGUCGUUUCUGAAGGCUCGGCUUAACUGCUCAGUGCCCGGGGACUCCCACUUCUACUUCAAUGUGCUACAGGCCGUCACAGGCGUGGUCAGCCUGGGGGGCCGGCCCGUGGUCCUGGCAGUCUUCUCUACCCCCAGUAACAGCAUCCCGGGAUCCGCUGUCUGCGCCUUUGACAUGACCCAGGUGGCAGCAGUGUUCGAAGGUCGCUUCCGGGAACAGAAAUCUCCAGAAUCCAUCUGGACGCCAGUCCCAGAAGAUCAGGUGCCCCGGCCCCGGCCUGGCUGCUGUGUGACUCCCGGCAUGCAAUACAACACGUCAAGCUCCCUCCCGGACGAAAUCCUCAACUUCGUUAAGACCCACCCCCUGAUGGAUGAGGCUGUUCCCUCUCUGGGUCAGGGACCCUGGAUUGUGCGGACACUCUUGCGGCACCAGCUGACGCGGGUGGCCGUGGACGUGGGCGCCGGCCCGUGGGGCAACCAGACGGUGGUCUUCCUGGGCUCCGAGGCCGGCACGGUCCUCAAGUUCCUCAUCUGGCCCAAUGCCAGCACCUUGGGCAUCACCGGGCCCAGCGUCUUCCUAGAGGAAUUUGACACCUACCGACCAGACAGGUGUGGAAGGUCUGGAGCCAGCGGCGAGGGUGGCCAGCGCCUCCUGAGCCUGGAGCUGGACGCAGCCUCGGGCGGCUUGCUGGCGGCCUUCCCACGCUGCGUGGUCCGGGUCCCGGUGGCCCGCUGCCAGCAGUAUUCGGGGUGCAUGAAGAACUGUAUUGGCAGCCAGGACCCCUACUGCGGCUGGGCCCCGGAUGGUUCCUGCAUCUUCCUCAGCCCUGGCACCAGGGUCACGUUUGAGCAGGAUGUGUCCGGGGCCACCACGUCAGGCUUGGGGGACUGCACAGGGCUGCUCCGCGCCAGCCUGUCGGAGGAGCGCGCGGGGCUGGUGUCCGUGAACCUCCUGGUGACGUCGUCGGUGGCCGCGUUCGUGGUGGGCGCCGUGGUCUCAGGCUUCACCGUGGGUUGGUACGUGGGGCUGCGCGAGCGGCGCGAGGCGGCGCGACGCAAGGACAAGGAGGCAAUCCUGGCGCACGGCGCGGGCGAGGCGGUGCUGAGCGUCAGCCGGCUGGGCGAGCGCCGCGGUGGCGGCCCGGGGGUCCGGGGCGGCGUGGGCGCGGGGGCCGGCCCCGGGGGUCCCCCGGAGGCGCUGCUGGCCCCGCUGAUGCAGAACGGCUGGACCGCGGCCACGCUGCUGCAGGGCGGCCCCCACGACCUGGACUCGGGGCUGCUGCCCACGCCCGAGCAGACGCCGCUGCCGCAGAAGCGCCUGCCCACGCCGCACCCCCACCACGCGCUGGCCCCCCGCGCCUGGGAGCACGGCCACGCGCUGCUGACCGCCUCCGCCUCCUCGUCCCUCCUGCUGCUCGCCCCGGCCCGCGGCCCCGAGCAGCCGGGACCCCCCGCGCCGGGCCUGGAGCCGAGCCUCGACGCGCGCCUCUACGCGCCUCGGCCCGGCCGCGCGUCCCACGGGGCCGCCGGCGACUUCCCGCUCACCCCGCACGCCAGCCCGGACCGCCGGCGCGUGGUGUCGGCGCCCACCGGCCCCUCGGACCCAAACUCCGCGCCCUCCGCCGGCGACAGCCUGAGCCGCGCCUGGAGCCCCCCGCCCACCGGCAGCCUCCGGAGACCCGGGCCCCACGCGCCUCCCGCCGCCGCGCUGCGACGCACGCACACGUUCAACAGCGGCCCCGGGGAGCGGCCCCGCGGGCGCCACGCGCGGCCCAGCACGGACUUGGCCCACCUGCUCUCCUACGGGGGCACGGACAGGACUGCACCCCCCGUGCCCUAGGCGGGGGCGCGGGGCAGCGCGGGGCAGCCUUCCCGCUCCGCACGACGCCUCGGCGGUGCCAGCCACGGUUUUCUAGGAGCGCGAGCGGCGGGCCGGCACCCAGCGGUGCUCGGGAGCCCCUCGUGCCCGCCGCGUGGAAGUGGAAGCACAAGUUCCUCGACCUCCGUGGAAGCGCCACCGUCGCCCCCACCCCUUUCCGCCGGGGCCGCAGACGCUGAGGCGGUUUGGGGAGAGGGUGAGGGGCACCCAGGGUGGGGCGGGAGGAACGUGCUGUGGGCUUGAAGUGGACCUUCUGCGUGCGCGCGGGGAUGUUUGGUUUUCCAACUUGCAUUUCUUUGGCAGUUUUUUUGGGGGGGUUGUUUUUUUCUUCUAACAAUUGCACAACUCCGUUUUCGGGGUGAAGGGCCGGGGGAGGGGGGCUCAAGGCGGAGGUGGGGUGGGGUGGUGUCUGUGGAAGGGGCAAGGGGCUCAGAGUUGCAGAUAGCCCCCUCCCCGCCACACCGAGCCCUCCGUCCGCGCCCCCGGCAGCCGGCGCGCGUGCGUGUGUGUGUGCGUGUGUGCGCGUGUGUGCAUGCUGUUUUUGUGUGCAAGGAGCCGGGAAAACAUCUGUGUGUGUCUGUGGGCUGCCGUGCGGCGCGUGCGUGUCUGUGUGCGAGCGGGGGCUCCUCCCACCCCCCAGCGGUCUGGCCGUUGGCUGAGCCAACGCAGCAGCGUCGCUUCCAGACGGCCCUGGGGCCUCCAAGGAGCCGGUUCAGACUUUUAAGGGGAGGCGGGAGGGGGCUUCAGGGCCCCCCACACCCCAGGGUCUGCCCAGACGCCCUGUUGGCAACAGCUGCCAGAAGGGCUUCGUCUUGGGGGCUUUGGGCAAAGAGGGGGGAGCCCCCUGUAAAUAAGGCCCUGGGGGGUCAGAGGGUCCCGGCCACCUGUCCCCUUGUGACCUCUUGACCGCGGCUGACCAUGCAUGCCAGUGGCCAGCAGGGUCCUGGACCCUCUCUGAACUUACCUCCCUCAGCCCCCUCCCCAUCAAUAAAACUGUUUACAACCACCGGC